UUGUGGAGGGUAGAAGGUCAACCUGUGUAACGUGUCAUCGGGCUGUCACUAGACCGCCGGUGUCGCUCCACUCGCCGGUUGUUGCUGUUACACACAUCGGUUCCCUAGCUGACCUCAACGUUAUCUCAGAAAAAAUGGCCAAAAAGCGGAGAGAAAGACGAGAAACCGACGGUGUGUUAUCGGCGCAGGAGGAGGUGAAGACGAAUGCUAAUGACUCACAAGUACUGAAAGAGGCUCAGCAUACUGCAGGGGGCUCAGCACGCAUGUCUCUCCUGAUUCUGGUGUCUGUCUUCACCUGUGCUGCCUCAGUCAUGUACCUGGUCUAUAGGAACUUCCCAGAGCUUCCUGAUGAUGAAAUGGAGAAAAUCAAGAUCCCUAAAGACAUGGAAGACGCCAAAGCUUUGGGAACUGUGCUGUCCAAAUACAAAGACACAUACUACACCCAAGUGUUGGUGGCUUACUUCGCAACAUAUGUUUUCCUCCAGACAUUUGCAAUCCCUGGAUCUAUCUUCCUCAGCAUCCUGUCUGGAUAUCUUUACCCGUUCCCCUUGGCUCUUUUCUUAGUCUGCUUGUGCUCUGGCCUGGGUGCUUCCUUUUGCUAUAUGCUGUCAUAUCUCGUGGGCAGACCCAUGGUCUACAAAUAUCUCACAGAGAGAGCACAGAAAUGGUCCCAGCAGGUUGACAAACAUAGAGAUCAUUUAAUCAAUUACAUCAUCUUCCUGAGGAUAACUCCCUUUCUCCCUAACUGGUUCAUCAACAUCACCUCACCUGUCAUCAAUGUGCCUUUGGGAGUUUUCUUCAUCGGCACGUUUCUCGGAGUGGCACCACUCUUUGUAGCGAUCAACGCAGGUACAACACUGUACAAACUGACCACAGCUGGCGAGGCCGUGUCCUGGAACUCUCUGGCUGUGCUUGGUGUACUGGCUGUGCUCUCGAUCCUCCCCGUCUGCUUCCAGAAAAAGCUGCAGAAGAAACUAGAGUAGAGCGCCUAACACACCCCAGCACCUCAUCUGCUGGCUGAUCCCGACAUCCCCUUCCCUCGGCUCAGGAACGCGCAGCUGUCACUCAAGUUGCUCAGUCUCACACACGGCUGCUGGUGGGAGAAUCUCUGACUCACUGACCAGAAAACGCAUGCAGUGGUGGGUUUUCCUGAUGUUAAGUAUAAACUGGCCGCUGCUUGCACAAGUUUUUCUGUUUUUGUGAAUUAUGUUGUUGAUUGUGGCACAUCUUGUAAAUAAGAGAAGUUGUGUUUUUUUGUUUUUUAUUUAAGGCUCAUUAUUGUAUGAUUAUUGCCAGACAAUUAAAGGUGCUACUUGUAGGAUGUUAAGGUAAAACACAUUAUUCUGAUACAGUUGUUCCAUAUGACUACUUUUCACUCUUGUCUUGCUAGAAAACAUCAGUACUUUGCUGAGGCUGUUGCAAACAUAAUAUCUUUUUAUAACUGUAACACCUUUUUUCGUCAGUAGCAUGUUGAUUACUACAUCCUGUUUGUAGCACCUUUAAGUUCCACUCCCCUUUUAAUAUUUAUUUUAACAUGCUUGUGUCUAAUUUCUACCUAAUGAAGUGCACCACCACAGCAAUAACUGUCAGACUACUGUUGAACGUGAAUUUUAGUUUUUAAAAAUUGCAUUUUGAUACCUGGUGCUUGCUUCGGCAAACGUCUGCGGUGUGAGGGCAGAAUGAAACUGUAGACAAGAAAAAUUAAAUGCUUCUUUUGUGGGGGAGUUCCCAUGUUCUUCCUCAAAAGGUGCCUGGAUCCACUACAACACAACAGCUCUCUUUAUUUUCACCCAUUUCUGUUCAUAUCAGCUGCCUAAAGCCGCUCUUUGCCACUGUAACUUGUAAAGAACAGACUGAUGUAAUAUUUCCUCACAGGACAUCCAAACUGCAGGAUGUCAAACUCCAAGUAUCCAAGUAAUUCAAAUGUGUAUUUUUAGUUGGGAAGUGAUCAUGGAUAAUGUCAACACAACAGAUUUAUGUGUGGUAAAAUGCAUAGAAGAUAAUACCAUUGCCCUCAUUAAGACUGCCAACUGACUGACGUAUCCAAGCCUUACCUUGCUUGUUACUGCUUCCUUUCUUCAUCAGGAGAAAUGUAUUAUGAUUUAUGUUGUUAGUUUGUGUUCUUUAAAUUGGUUUUCAAUGGUUAAUUAUGUCCUCUAUGUCUGCUAGCAAAACUUUACAGAUUUUUUUUCCCUUUUGGUGUUAGUACUUGUUGUUUUUUUGCCUGUGUACCAAAGUAACUUAUUGCUGCUGCUUAAAAACUUUCUGGACAGUUACCAGAGACGUUGAUGCAGUGAAUGUACAUGCAGGUGACUUAUUCAACAGACCUUUCUUUAAUCUCUCAAAAUUGCACAUUGGGUGUAUUUUGAGAUUGUUUUUACUUUAAUGUCUUAUUGCUGUGUACUACUGUCAGAUUAUUAACCCCUCAAACCCACAUUUUAAAUGACUACAUAAGAAUCAAUUUACGUGAAACUUGAGCGGUUGUGCUGUAUGAGGAUGUUAAUGUCAGUACUUUUUGUAGCAGGAAAUAAUGCUACUUCAGUCAGAUACUCUUAGGUUGUAUUUAUGGUUCUACCUGAGGUGCACUGUUGUCUUCCCUAAGGUGGUUAAGUCAAGUGGUAAAUGCUAUAAACUGGUCCAUAAAAAUUUAAUUCUUAAUAUGUGAAUAAAAGUUAGAUUAACGUCUUGCAAGUUCUCAAUAAUACAAGACAAGAAAGAUGCCCCCCCCACUGCCAUUUGGUAUAUCUAAACUUCACACUAAACGUAUACUGAAAUGCCAAAAUUGCUGUUUUUUGUCCUGCUACCCUAUCAAAGCUAUAAUGAGAUCAUUCAUGUGUUACCCUCUGUUGACAUUUCAAAAAGUAGUAUUAUUUUGUACUGAGCAGUGAUGUAUUGCAGUAUGAAGUGUUUACAGAUUGCACAUUUCUGUUCUUACUAAUCAAAUAUGUUUUUUUUUUCAUAUUUAUUGAAUCAUUAAAGUUAUCUUUACAGAACUAUCUGUAGCAUGUUUAAUCACGCCGCAGACUAUCAGCAAAUUAUAGCCUUUUGUGGAGACAAAACUAACAAAAUUGAUUUAUAAAUGAUGAAAAUAAACUUUUAUUUCAGA